CUCCUGACCCUCUGCACAAGACAAUACCUGCACAAGAGACCAAUUUGAGCUCUAGGGAUUGUGGAAAUUUAAGCAAGAUCCAGCUAUCUCAGGAAUUCUUAGCACAAGUCCAUACCUCAGUGAUGAAAUAUCAACAUCUGCAUGUGAAACACAGAACUGUUGCAUCUUUCAUCUCCAGGAAAAGCACUGCCUCCUUAUAACCCAGGCAGCACACUUGCAAGUGAAAGAAACAUUGCCUCAUGGAAAGAACAGCAUCUUGUUUUUCCUCUACAGUUUCUGAAGAAAUAUUAUCAAAUGCUACUGUGAUUAUGAGCCUGACUGGUAACAUCCAAGUCCCUGAGAACUCUCCCACAGGGCGCAGGAGUAUCUGCUUAUCCUCUGGCUGACAGCUUGCCACUUGUUUUCACAUCUGUUUGCUAUCACCUUCCCAGUUUUGUUCAAUAUCUAAUACCGAAUGAGCCAACAUUCCACUCCAUUCCACAAAAAGCACACAUCUCUUCAUUGUAUCCCCUGAAAAGUUACUAAAAAGUGGGAUAAAAGGUUCUCUUAAAUCCUUACAUAGGCAGCUAUCGAAAAGCAGAGUACUGCCCUGAUGAAAGGAUGCAGUGACUUCCUACUGGCUGCUGUCCUAGAAAAGACCUCUCCCACUUUUUCCUCCUUUUCACAUUUUAAGUGUGUGAUCUGUUAAACCCUUUUGACUAUAUGAAAAAGGGACUUUCAAGACUAACCCACACUGUAACAUACUGAAGUAGUAGGAGUUUCGAUGUUUGAAUGAAUACUUGCAUGCCAGGGAACAGGGAAGAAAGUAGGAAACGUGACACCUCAGCACAGAAGUUUCAAGGAAAGCAGGAUUUUUUUCUUCUUACUGGUGAGUCAAAAUGAAAGUGCAACUGAUUUCCAGAGGAGGGUGUGGUGCCUGAAGACAAAAUGUAACGUGUCAGACCAACUCGGACCAUUUCACUGGAGCACAUCUCAGUUGCAGUACCUGCUACCACUCUGCUGACAAAAGCUCCUUCCCAUCCCUCCCCCUUUUCUUUCUUUCUUUUUUUUCUUUUUUUUUUUUUUUGACUUUUAGGAUGGUCAUGGACUGGGAUAUGAACAACUCAACUGAUUACUGGACUGAGGAUGAGGAGGAGGAUCUCAACUCCGUCAUAGAUUACAACAUGUACGAGCUUCUCUGUGAAAAAGACGAUGUGAGAAAGUUCAGGAAAUUAUUCCUUCCUGUGUUCUACGCACUGACUUUCACUGUCGGAGUCGCAGGAAAUUCCUUAGUGGUAGCAAUUUAUGCCUACUGCAAGAAACUGAAGACCAAGACAGAUAUGUACAUCAUGCACCUCGCCAUCGCCGAUCUGCUCUUGCUCUUCACACUCCCUUUUUGGGCUGCCAAUGCAGUGCAGGGAUGGGAACUUGGAACAUCCAUGUGCAAGCUCACUUCUUCUCUGUACACCAUGAAUUUCAGCUCUAGCAUGCUGUUCUUGGCCUGCAUCAGUGUGGACAGAUACAGGGCGACUGCUGGAACCCAAGGGCACAGAAGGGGUGGUAAACGCUGCAGCAUGACCUGCUGCUGCGUCUGGCUGGCUGCCGUACUGCUCAGUAUCCCUGAACUGAUCUUUAACCAAGUCAAAAAGCACAAUAACAGGAACGAAUGCCUUCCUGUAUUUCCAGUGAACAUGGAAACGCUCUUAAAAGCGACCAUUCAAAUCCUGGAAAUUAUCCUGGAAUUUCUGCUUCCUUUCCUAGUAAUGCUGACCUGCUAUUCAGUCACUGCUCGAGCAAUCUUUAAAUCUGCAAACGCCAAAAAGUCUCGACCUUUCAUGGUUCUGCUGGCAGUGGUGGCUGCUUUCAUUAUUACUCAGCUGCCUUACAACAUUGUUAAGUUCUGGCGAGCCAUAGAUAUCAUCUAUUUAUUGAUUACUGACUGUGAUGCAAGUAAAACCAUAGACAUUGCGCUCCAGGUCACCAAGAGCAUCGCUUUGUUUCACGCCUGCCUGAACCCUCUCCUGUAUGCCUUUUUGGGCGCCUCCUUUAAAAUGCACAUUAUGAAAAUAGCAAAGAAUUACGGCCACUGGAGAAGACAACAGCAGAACGGAGUGACUGAAGAAAUUUCUAUGAAUUCUGAAGACCGUACUGAGCAAACAGUUAGCUUCACCAUAUAGACUAUUAUUGCAUUACCUUACUCAAAAGGGGAAUUAUUUACUAACUUCGGGGGGGGGAUAUUCUUUCAACAGCUGUUUCUCUGCAAGCCAACUUUCAGAUGAAUCUCUGAACCUGCAGACUAGCCAAGACACUACACUGCAACUCAAAGCGGAACAUCAUUAUCAAAAUUAAGCAUUGAGCAAGAGCAAAUACUGAAAGUGCCAGGAACAAUUCAGGUAUUUACUACAAACAAACCAAAAUAUUAAGAUUUAAAAAUGGGGUAUCAGUUCAUGACUGAGAAUUGAGAGGGGGGAAAAAAAAGCUAUUUUCUAUAUGUAUUUUCACAUACGUAUAGCAACAAGAACAUCCUCCACAAAAAAAAACACUAACUCCUGCUUUGCAGCUAUCUAAAAUGACCUUUCAUCUCUCCAUUUGUUGUUCACCCUAAACUUCAACAAGCCCAGUGUCCUACAGGAGGCACGUUCCAGAUCUCUGUAAAUGUAUCAUCAAAUGUAAAUGCCAUAAUAGUGAAGUUGAAGCAUUAGCAGAAAUAUAAGAAAAUGUUUUAAGUUAAGUUUCAGACCCAGGGCCUGGAAUUUCUGGUCAGAAUCUGUAAAAUGGACAAGACACUGAAAUAACUAUAACCUUCUAAAUUAUGCUGAGAUACAAUAAAAUAUAAGAACAUUAAAAGUGCA